AUGGUAUCUCUCAAAUUAACGCUCGCGAUUAUCCCACAUCAGACCAAAGUCAUCGAAAUCAAAGAGAGAAAAAGAAAAUUAUCACAGGAUGAAGACGCGCUUCCAACGACGACAGCGAGCACGAAGAAGGAAAGUUCGGACUCAGUUAUGUUGGGGAAAGGAAGGUACAAGUUCUGGGCACUUGCGGCCAUAUUGCUUCUGGCGUUCUGGUCCAUGUUCACCGGCACCGUUUCCCUACGGUGGUCCGGCACACUCAACUCCCUCUCCAACGACCUCGACAUCCCAAUCCACGACGACCUCGACGUCCUUGAGAUGGAGGAGAGGGAGAAGGUGGUGAGGCACAUGUGGGACGUGUACACCAACAGCCGCAGGAUCAGGCUGCCGCGGUUUUGGCAGGAGGCAUUUGAGGCUGCCUAUGAAGAGCUCACCAGUGACGAUGCUGCCGUCAGAGACGCCGCCAUCACUGAGAUCGCCAAGAUGUCCGUCCGCUCCAUCGAUUUUGAUCCCCCUCCCAUCCAAUCCGCGAGAGCAAGGGAAUUUAGCAAGAACCUCGAUCAAGUUGAGAAAGGAAAAGAAGCAACUAGGCGUGCUUAAGGGUUAGAAUGUGGAUUAUUCAAGGGAUUUACUUUGCACUGGAACAUGCUCAUCUGCUACCAUAAGUUUAUGAAGACAGGUAGUGAUGGGCGAGGCACAUUAUAAUUAUGUAUUUUAAUAGGUUGUGGUUCUUUCAAAUUUUGCAGUCACGAAUUCACAGACUUCACAAAGAAAAUAGUAAAGUGAAACACGGCGAAUACAACUGAUUAUAUUGCUUUCAGUGUUCUUAUUUCGUAGCAACCAAGUUCUAUACAUCGUUGUGUUUUAAGAAAUUUCUUUUGAUCAAGGCCAGCAUACUUAUCUGUAAUCAAGUGAUCCAUUAAGAAGUCUUUUUUAUUUGUUCAGAGGACAUUGCUAUUCUGAAUUAUUGUUACGGGUAGUUUUGCUGUGUUGGAGGAGGGGUAAGAGUGGAACAUAGUAUAUUCUGAAUUCAAUUAUGACAAGUAGUGGAUUGAUACAUCAAAAUUAAAUUCUAUUAAUAAAUGUAUUUUGCUAGUUAAGAUUCUUUA